AUCUUCUUUGAUCUUCUUUUCCCGCUGUAAAAUUCUCCAUUUCUUCCGGGUACUUCAGUACCCCUACCCCUCACGCAAUCCUCGCUUCAGAUCGCCGGGAAAUGACCUCCGACGGGGCUACUUCUGCCUCCACUUGCCGCCGGAAGCCGUCAUGGAGGGAGCGGGAGAAUAAUCGAACCAGAGAGCGGCGGAGGAGAGCUAUUGCGGCCAAGAUUUAUGCCGGCCUUAGGGCUCAGGGCAACUUCAACUUGCCUAAACAUUGUGACAAUAACGAGGUCCUUAAAGCCCUCUGUGCUGAUGCUGGUUGGACUGUCGAAGAUGAUGGAACCACUUAUCGGAAGGGAUGCAAGCCACCUCCAAUGAACAUUGUUGGUACUUCCACUAGAAUCACGCCCUACUCUUCCCAAAAUCCAAGCCCAUUGUCUUCUUCAUUCCCUAGCCCUAUGGCAUCCUACCAAGUCAGCCCCUCCUCCUCCUCCUUUCCGAGCCCGUCCCGUCUGGACGCCGACAAUCCAUCGAACCUCAUUCCGUAUCUUCGCCAAGCAAUUCCCAGAUCACUUCCUCCUCUUAGAAUCUCAAACAGUGCUCCUGUGACCCCUCCCCUUUCAUCCCCAGCCUCAAGAACUCCACAGCCAUUCCUCAAUUGGGAGGUCACUGCAAAGGAAUCCUUCUCCUCCUUGAACUACCCUUUCUUUGCAGUAUCUGCCCCUGCUAGCCCAACUCGCCCUCAGCUGCAUACUCCCACCACGAUCCACGAAUGUGAUGAGUCUGAAUCAUCCACCAACGCUUCCAAUCAAUGGGCAUUUCUCCAUGCCUAUCCCCAAUCCACAUUGACAAUGCCAACGUCUCCCACAUUCAACCUUGUGAAGCCUGCUGACCAGCAUGAUCUGCAGGGAGGCUUCAUCAAGGAAAAUGGAAGAGGAAGUGAAUUCGAGUUCUUGGGCCGUAAGGUUAAGCCUUGGGAAGGGGAGAAGAUCCAUGAAGUCGGAUUGGAGGAUUUGGAACUCACACUUGGUAGUAGCAGUAAGGCUUGAAGCUAAGAAUACAGCCAAUCCAAAGAAGAAACGAUCUACGAAAACAUAACAAUAUAUUAAAAUCUUUACUUUAUAGAGCUUCAUCUAUGACGGAGGGAGCUUCAUUCACUUCAUUUCAGGAUUGUGGUGGGGUGGGGGCCAUGAGAGCAGGUUGGCUAUGUUUAUGGCAGAGCCCGACAAGCUUCAUAUUCAACCACACGCCUUGAAUGAAUUCAUUUGAAAAUGUAAUAAAAGACAAGAAAGUUUUGUCCUUAGAGAGAUUUCCACACCAAGGAAUGUUUCGUUUCUCUCUCCAACCGAUAGUAGGCCUAUCUAGCCGAGAAAAACACUAAUUAGGUCACUCGAUCCAGAAAUCAAAGGAUUGUAUUUCUUAUGUAGGCCUAUCUAGUUUAGUUGAUAGAACGCAAGACUCUUAACCUCGUGGUCGUGGGUUUGAGCCCCAUUGUAGGCCUAGCUCUAGAGCGUAAGGCUCAUAACAUUGUUGUUGUGGGUUUCAGCCCAUUCAUUUUUGUAUACAUUAAUUAGAUCACUCG